AUGUGGUCCAUCGUGACCGGAAACCGUUUGUUUGGGGUGCUGUCUACAACGGGUACCAGGUUUCCGGCCGGGGCAUACCUCGCCAAGUCGAGCGCUGCAGCGCCGCAGAUCUCUCGCGAAGGUUCACGCGGUACAAUUCGUCGCUUUAGUAGUGAUACUGACAAAGAAACGGGAGUCAAACAACCAAGUGACGACGAAACAUCGCUAGAGUUUCCGCACGCCCUCAACGUACACUAUGACGCGUUGAACGCGCCGCCGUCUCCAACGAAACAGCCGCUGUCGGUAGCGAACGACCCGCCGGCUUCGGCAGCGAAAGCAGCCGCCGCUGCUCUGGAUGCACUGCUGAGCGAGACAGCGGCGGCUCCACUGCCAAAGACACCGACGCGCGAGUUGACUUUUCUGGAGUCUGUGGACUUGUUUUUCGAUGAAGCCGCGAAGCUUACCACGGUAUCGCCGGCCCUCUUGGGACAUAUCAAGGAAUGCAACAACCUGCUUGAGUUCACGUUUCCUAUUCUACGCACAAACGGACAGAUUGAACUGAUCAGAGGGUAUCGAGCCCAGCACUCGCAUCAUCGUUUGCCUACAAAAGGCGGAAUUCGGUAUGACGUGCGCGUGUCGGAAGAUGAGGUGAAGGCGCUGGCUGCGUUAAUGACUUUCAAGUGCGCAACGGUAGAUGUUCCGUUCGGUGGCGCCAAAGGCGGCGUCGUCAUCGAUCGAACCAAAUACGAUGACAUGGAACUGGAGCGCAUCACGCGUCGCUUCACAGUGGAACUUAUCAAGCGCAACGCAAUUGGGCCCGCGGUCGACGUUCCAGCGCCCGACUAUGGAACCGGGCCGAGGGAAAUGGGCUGGAUGAAGGACACCUACGAGGCAUUCAAUCCGAAUGAUAUUGAUCGUAUUGCCUGCGUCACCGGGAAGCCAAUAAACUUGGGCGGAAUCCGCGGCCGCGAUAACGCCACGGGCCUCGGUGUUUUCUUCGGAAUCCGUGAGUUCCUCGCCCGCACAGAUGUGGUCGAACGAUACGGUAUCCGGAAAGGACCAGGAAUUGAGGGAAAAGAUGUCGUGGUCCAGGGUCUGGGAAACGUCGGGUACUGGAGCUCGCGUUUCAUGUGCGAGCUAGGCCGUGCCCGAAUCGUGGCGAUCGCAGAGCGUGACGGAUUCCUCGUCUCCCGAUCGCCGAAUGGCCUCGAUCCGACUGACGUGAAGCGACAUUUCGCGAUGCACGGCCACUUGCGCGGCUACGAGGGUCCUCUGAACGUUGGCCAGGGCCAGGUGGAGUACGUUCCGGGGGAUCCUUGCCAGGCGCUUGAACUCGAAUGCGAUAUUCUCAUUCCCGCGGCAUUGGAAAGCGUCAUCCAUGGCGGAAAUGCAUCGCGGAUCCAGGCGGCCGUCAUUGCGGAAGCGGCCAACGGUCCUGUCACCUAUGCAGCAGAUCGCUAUUUCAAAACGAGUCGCAAACUGGGUGUCGACUGCCCGCUCAUCAUUCCCGAUUUGCUUCUGAACGCCGGAGGCGUAACAGUCUCCUACUUUGAGUGGGUGAAAAAUCUUGGUCAUCUUCGUUUCGGGAGAAUGACGCGCCGCGUAGAGGAAAAAUCCAUGCGAGCGAUCGCGAACGUGUUGGAACGGCAUGGCAUGAAGCUGGAAGAGCGCGACCUCAAGGAGCUCGAGGCUGGUGCCGACGAGGCUACACUUGUUCGAAGUGGGCUCGAAGACACCAUAUGUGCUGCUGUCGAAGAGACUUGGAAUACGGCAAGAGAAAUGAACUGCGAUCUGCGACUCGCAGCGUACUGCAAUGCCAUACGCAAGAUCGCUUUAGAUGUAAGUUGGUGGAGAACGCGGCUCCUCUGCUGUGCCCCGCAGAUGUUUCAAAGCGAUCGGCAGCUUAGGAGCUGGUGGCAGUCAAGCCAAGUGCACAGAACAAAACUAACCAAUGUGGGAACGGAUGAUUGCAACCCGGAAUCAGUAUGCUACCUCUGGAAUUUUCCCGUAAAUUUCUUAGUAAUCGUAAAAACGUGGCUCAAACCGAGAAUUUGUUUACGGCGAAAUUAG